GUUUGCCGUACUGCGCCGUAUUACGACGGCCGGUGUCGCGCUGAAUGUGCAGAAUCACCAUGGCGCUGAGGGAGACGGCGGGGCUCUACGAGACGCUGAAGGCGGAGUGGAACAAAAAGAACCCGAGCCUGAACAAAUGCGGAGAUCUCUUGAUCAAACUUAAGGUGUCGUUACUGGAGCUCAACUUUCUGCCUACAAGUGGCUCAGCGUUUACAAAGCAGCAGCUUAUUUUGGCGCGCGAUGUCCUCGAAAUUGGAGCCCUGUGGAGUAUCCUCAAAAAAGACAUCCCUUCCUUUGAGAGAUACAUGGCCCAGCUUAAGUGCUACUACUUUGACUACAAGGAGGAGCUGCCAGAAGCGGCCUACAUGCACCAGAUCCUGGGACUCAACCUCCUGUUCCUGCUCUCACAGAACCGCUUGUCCGAGUUCCACACGGAGCUGGAAAGACUGAGUGCACGGGACAUCCAGACCAACGUGUACAUCAGGCAUCCUGUGUCGCUGGAGCAGUAUUUAAUGGAGGGAAGCUACAACAAAGUCUUCCUGGCCAAAGGCAACAUCCCCGCUGAGAGCUACAACUUUUUUAUUGACAUCUUGCUGGACACCAUACGGGAUGAGAUAGCAGGCUGCAUUGAGAAGGCCUACGAGCAGAUCCAGUUCACUGAGGCAACACGCGUGCUUUUCUUCAGCUCCCCCAAGAAGAUGACCGAGUACGCCAAGAAGAGAGGCUGGAGUCUGAACGCAGACAGCUGCUACUCCUUCAGCAGUCAGCAGCAGCGCACCGAGGACGUCAACAUCCCCUCCACGGAGCUCGCCCAGCAGGUCAUAGAGUACGCACGCCAGCUGGAAAUGAUCGUCUAACACACACACUCACACACACACCAUCCCAGUACCAUUUUUUGAAACCCAGAAAAUAGUCUGUCUGAAGUUUGAGCACUAACACGUGCAGCAGACCUCCUGUAUCGCCCCUUCUGGUAUCCUAGCAACCUACAGCCCCCGCCCCCCUUUGUAAUCCACUGUGUCGACGGGACAAAAAUCCACUUUUGAUGUUUUGCUUCCAUAUUGAAGCCACCGCUCCUGUUUUUGUAAACACAAAGCAGCACCCACUCUACUGCCAUCUUGUGGCUGACAAUGGAAGUGUUUGUCCAACGGGAGCAAUAAAUGACUUCUAACCUC